AUGGGGAGAGGGAGAGAGAGCAGGUUCCAAGUACAGGGCAGCGCAGUCGAAUCCACGUGCGGCGCUCCCAUCAUCGUGGUGCUGGUCAGGUACAGGCGCGACCCUGAAAGCGGACUCAGUCGAGAAUGUCAGCGCGCGCAAUUUGCUCCGGGGGCAACCUCGUUUGCAGUCAAGGGGCGCAACAUCCUCUGUGGCCCGGACGUAAGCCCCGAUGGGUGCAUCUACGCAACCCCCCUGGAAAAGAACGGCAUCGCGCAUCUGAACAAUUUUUGCCUGAUGUAUCCGUACAAUGGCCAAGCCGAUGCCAGCUCCACGCCCGCCAGCGGCAGCAGCAGCGCCCUGGACCAGCAGGCGGCUGCGCAGCAAUCGCUGUCGUCGUCAGGUAGCCGGGGCGCAGGGAAGCUGCAGGCCACACGGCGGCUUAGGGACAUGCUGGCAGGGCAGGGCGCCACCCGCGCCAGUGGCGGCGGCGGCGGCGGUGGCGGUGGCGGGGCCCUGGGCAAUGGAAGCGAGGUCAUGCAGGACUCCAGUGACGCUUUACAUUCCAAUGGGGAACUGUGUUUGCUGGUGCAGCUGCUGCGGCGAGAUGCUAGGCAACCGGGACGGUGGUUUGCGUACGACAUGCCGCACCUUAUCUCCCGGCCGUUCAAGGUGGGUCCGUUCAUGGUCGUGUGUGGGUCGUGUAUCCCCCCCGGGUGCGGGUGCGGCUGCGGCUGCAGCUCAGAUGGCCAUCAGGCGCUCCGGUCUUUGCAGCCGCAUAGGCGCACUCUAUUAUGA